AUGAAAUCUACUUUUCAAUUCACUAAAACAAACACUGGUAGUAGUCACUUAGAAAAUUCGAUGUCCGCAGAAAAACUACAUACUUGUGGAGCUAUUUAUGAAACCGACAUAUCAAGGGAAAAUAGUAAUGGAUUAACAGAAACAUCUAAAAACGACUUUGAAACUACUUCAGGUAAACAUCAACAAAACGUGCCAAAAUCAUUAGGUUUUAAACGUGAAAGUAAAAACCUAUUAAUAACCAAUAGAAUUGAUGAAGGCAUUAUGAAACAGCAGUUACCCAGUAAUGUGGGACAACGAAAUAAUCCACACAGUGAGAAAGCUGUUAAUAAUGCUGAAAACGUUAUGGAUAAUGAAAAAAGUCUAAAAGAAAAAUCAAAGCGAAAUGUAUCAUAUGACAAUAAUGUGGACACUAGAUCAAUGAACGAUUCAUCAAAUGCUGGAAGUAAAAAUUAUUUCAUCAGCUAUUCAUCGACUAUUUGCUCCACGACUGAAAGUUUUACGCCAAAAAAUUACACAGGCUCGGUAUCACUAUUAGUAUAG